CAAGAAAAAAAGGCAAAAAAAAUUUCGAUCACACAAAUUUCUGGCCAUAUACAUGGGAAUGGAGGAAGCGAAAUCGAGCGCGCAAUUUGGCGACGACGAAGAUGAAUAUCAAGAUGCCGUAGACGAAUUCGAAUUUUACGAUUGCCGCGAGAAUUUUUCCGAUUCUAUCGAAUCCAAUCGUGAUGAAUCAAUCUCGGAUCCUAGCCCUGUUCCAGUUGAAUCCAAUCUGGAAGACAAAUCCCCGCCGCCAGCGGUUCUCCGCCGCCGCAGGUCUUGGUCGAGUAAAAAAUCCUUCAGAGAUGACACGGCGGAAUCGGCGAAGCUCGGCACGCGGGAAAAUGUGGACAAAUACUUGAGAGAGAGAAAGGUAGCGCUUUCUCGGAAAUUCGAGGGAUACGAGAAGGCAUUGAAGGAUACGAAGCUUGCUUUGCGGAGGAAUGAGAUGAACGAAGAGGAAUCAACGGUAACGGAAGCGCUCGAAGCAGCUCCUGGUGAAGAAUUGGGCUUCAGAGGAAGUGAUGAUUCGGAUUCGGAUUUGGAUUCGAAUUCGGAUUCGGAUUCGAACCUUCUGUUAAAGCUGGCUGGUAUAGUAAUCAAGCCUAUCACCUUCCAAAUUGAUUUGCUAGUCAAAAUUUUUACGUUUACGAUUCGAUUGGCGUAUUACUCGUACAUGAUUGUGUUUAACCCCCUGGGGCUUUUGCUGGGAUUCCGAGGGUUUAUAGUUCAGCAAUUGAAAAACAUAUGGAAUCUCACGUUUGGAAUUGUUUCAGAAUAUGUGUAUGAAUGGUUGAAAGAGCAGCGAGCGAUUUUGAAAUUAGGGUUGAAAUGUGGUUGGGGGUUGUUGUGGUCAGCUUAUGUGUGUUCUGUAUUGGUCGGAUUGUUGGUGUCCGCGUUUUUGAUGGGCGGAGUGUUGAUAAAAAUGGUGGUGGAGGAGCCGAUUACUGUGACUAGGAGCUUGAAUUUCGAUUAUUCAGAGAAGAGCCCGGUGGCAUUUGUGCCGAUUAUGUCAAACGUGAAGAUGAAUCGUGACAUGAGGCAUUUCGUGGAGACGCCUGGGAUCUUUAAGGCCACUGGAUCAAGGGUCGUGCCACGGGAUCAUGGGGUGCAGAUUACUGUGUCUCUAACGUUGCCCGAGUCUGAAUACAACCAACAUCUUGGGAUGUUUCAGGUCAGAGUCGAUUUCCUUGCUGCUGAUGGCCAAAUUCUGGCAACAUCACGACGUCCCUGCAUGCUGCACUACAUGAGCCAGUCGAUUCGCCUCCUGCUUACUUUCCUCAAGGUCGCCCCCAUUCUUACCGGCUACACAACAGAAACCCAGAACCUGAAAGUAAACUUCAAAGAUUUCACCGAAGGUCAAACCCCAACCGCUUCCAUAAGGGUUGUUCUUGAGCAGCGAGCUGAGUACUCACCCGGUGCUGGAGUCCCAGAAAUAUACAGCGCAUCCUUGACCCUCGAGUCCAAUCUCCCUCUCACAAAAAGGAUCUUGUGGUACUGGAAGAAAACACUGUUUGUGUGGGUAAGCAUGGCUGUGCUUAUGAUUGAGUUGGUUUUUGCUCUCCUCUGCUGCAGACCUGUCAUCAUCCCCAAAAUAAGGCUCUGGGAAGCCGCUCCUCGAGAGGCCGCCUCUCACCACGAUCUUAUCCUGUGAAAGCUGAUACGAGGACGGGGAACAGCAAUAAAAACAUGCCCGUGUGCAUGUGGGGGAACGCCGUGUUGUGCGUUGUUCUUUCCUUGUUUGUACUCGACACAGCGCUGCAUUUUUGUGCAUAUUUUUCACACCAAGUUUGUAAAUACUACUAGUUAGAACAUACGACCAAUAUUUUCUAUCUUACAUGUUUUAUUAGAUCUGAAAACUCCUCCGCUAAUGUAAGAGCAUAUUCUAAUUUCUCUAUGUUUCGUUUCA